GUAAAGCUGUCAACGUCAUUCUUUGAGUCGUGGUCGUACAUGGACGAGAGUUUUCUAUUAGUUAAAUUUCUCAAUUUAGUCCCUUGAUGUAGUAGAUUUUGUAUAGCACUCAACUGUUAAACUUAUAUUUAGACUUUUUCUAUACAAAACUUCAAUCAUAAUGUAUAAAUUAAGUGUGUUUCAUUUAUUAUUCGUCGCCACAGCGAUACAAGUGGCUCUCGCAUUAAAAGAAGGCGAAUGCGAGGUUUGUGUAAAAACUAUUGAGAAAUUCGCAGCCACGUUAUCAGACGAUGUGAAGAAGGAUCCCAAAUUAAUAGAAGGUUCUUUCAAAAAAUUCUGUAAAGGUUCAAAAAAUAAAGAGAACAGAUUCUGUUACUAUUUGGGUGGAUUAGAAGAAUCCGCUACCGGUAUUCUAGGUGAAAUGUCCAAGCCCCUCAGCUGGUCAAUGCCAGCAGAUAAAAUCUGUGAAAAACUGAGGAAAAAGGAUGCACAAAUUUGCGACUUAAGAUUCGACAAGCAGAUUGACCUGAACAAUGUAGAUUUGAAGAAACUGAAGGUACGCGAUUUGAAAAAGAUUUUGAACGACUGGGACGAGGAUUGCGAUGGCUGCAUCGAAAAGACAGACUUUAUUAAGAGGAUAGAAGAAUUAAAACCCAAAUAUAUGGGUAGAUCUGAGCUGUAAAAUAGUUUAAUUAAUUAGUAAAUUAUUCAUAUGACAAUGUGAUAUGAGCCUAAAGCGCUGGAGCUGAUAACGGAAGCAAUGGUUCGUCCUAGUGAUCAAUGAAUUAAUUGUAUUAUGCAUUUGAACUUUAUGGAGUGCGUGGAGAAUAUGUGAACAGCAAUGAGUAAAUUAUUAUUGUAAUUAAGUAAAUAUUUUUAACAA